GCGAGCGUGUGGGCUGCCGCAGCAUGGAUGCCCUUCCGAGCGAGAUAGUCCACGAAAUUGCGUACGGAGCGCGUGUGCUCGGUCCGCGCGAUGUCGUCGCCUUGGCUCGGGUGAGCAAGCGGACGCAUGGCGUGCUGCUUGGCUCCGACUACGCCCGCGCUGCUGCCCACGCCACCGCCGGCCUCACCUUUUGUGCCGCCCGCGAUCUGUUCCGCGCUGCGCUGCGCGCUCUCGAGUCGGACCACGCACUACCACCAACCUGCCUCGCCGCCCUCAUCGACACGCUCGCCGCCAACAAGAUGACCGCUGCCCGAUCCAGCUUCUUCCCGCUGCUCGUACGCAAGCUGCUCGCCGUCCCGGCUGUUCUCGCUCCGCACAGCCGUGGCGUUGAGCCGUGUCCGCUGGUAGUCGCUGCUGAAGCCGGCCACGCGAGCAUUGUCCCCGAUUUGCUGGCUCACGAGGACGUCGAUCCGGCUCACGGUUGCUACUUUGCGUUCCGCCAGGCGGCGGCGUUGGGCCACGCCGGUGUCGUCGCCGUACUUCUCGCAGACAAGCGGGUCGAUCCCGAGGCUUGCGAUGGCGAGCCGCUCGCAGCCGCCAUUCGCUACGGCCACGCCCAUAUUGUGGAGCUCCUUCUCUCCGAUGAGCGUGUGGACCCGGCCCGCAACAACAACGCCGCGAUCUGCACUGCCGCCGAGCUCGGGCGCGCGUUGAUCGUCGACACCCUCCUCGCCCAUCCGGCGGUCGAUCCGGGGGCAUUACGCCUUUGA